AGUCACUCCCGACCUGUCAUACGCUGCAUUCGUGCCGCCGUUUAUUAUAUCUAAAAACUACUAUACAAUCUCGUGAUCUGGCAUUUGUCAGAUCUGUAUUUUAAAAUGGCAAAUUCAAAGAAACAGUCAAGAGAAGAAAGGCUUAGAAAAAAGAGGCUAGCAGAAAAAAAGAGAUAUGAAAGAAUAAAAAAUAAUGAUGCCUUAUGGAAAGAAAAACAAGAGAAGAAUAAGCAAAACUACAUUCGUAGAAAGGAGGAAAAUAAACAGCUACCAAUAAACGAAAUGAAUCCUAGACAACAAAGGUUACAAAGAAAAAGAUGGAGAAAGAAUUACAAGUCAUAUUACUUAAGAAAAAAGCAAGCAAAAAGAACGGUUGCCAUACUUGCUCAAAACACCCCACCACAAAGUCCCAGCGUUAUGUCAGAUACUGAACUGAUAGCUUUACAAGAAAACUUUUGUGAUCCGUCACCUUUAGAAAACCCUUUUUUAUGCAGAGAACCGGAGUCGCCUAUACCAGGACCAUCUAGGAUUUUGCGCAGUAUGUCUCAACAGAGCAAUGAAUUAUCUUCUCACUUAGGAAUACGUACACCAAAUAAAUCUCCUUCAUGUCCUUCACCUAUAACUUCCGCCGUAAGAUGCACAAGUUACAUAAAAGAUAAAGAGAUAAAUAAUCUAAAAAAAUAAUAAUAAAUAUGAAGCGACAAAAUGAACGUUUUCGGAAACAACUGCAUAGGCUAGUAAAGGCAAAAACAAAAGAAGGACCUUUAGCUUUAGAUAUGCCUAGUCAAAAUAAAAUAGUUCCUAAAAUAAAACGCAUAGUAAAUAAGUCAGUAAGUAAUGAAACACUGAAUCAUAAUUUAAAAUCUUUGCCUGAACUACUGAUAAAAGAAGUCAUAGGAUUUUAUGAAGAUGAUGAAAAUAGUCGCCUAUGCUCUGGGAAGAAGGAAUUUAUAGUAAGAAAAAAGAUACGUAAACAAAAGCGGUACCUUAGCGAUAGUCUUCUCAAUUUGCAUAAAAAGUUUCUCAAAACUUCAUAUUAUACUAUCAGCUAUUCAGCAUUCUGCAAACUAAGAUCUUUCUGGGUGCUGCUUCCUGAUUCCCGAUCACGGGAUACUUGUUUAUGCAAAUUGCAUACCAAUAUGGAUUUAAUAGUGCAAGGAUUGUAUCAGAGGAAGAUAUUAUCAGCUAAGACCUCCCAAGAUCUCGUUUUACUAUGUUGUGACGUGUAUGAUGUGGAUUGUUUGCAUUGAACGUGUUUAGCGUGCAAGAAAAAGGAAGUUUGUUAUCAGGAAUUUGAUAAUUCUAUUGAAAUUACGUACUGGCAGUGGGAAACUAAACAAGACAUGAUUCAGGGAACGGAAAGAAAAAUAAGAACUACUGAAAAAAUAAAAAAACUAGAAGAACCUAAGAAGUGUAUCGAAAAAUUGGAAUCAACACUGAAUGAGUAUUUCAUGCAUUGUGGUAAUAUAGUUGCUCAACAAAAAGCUUUCAGAAACUUAAAAGAACGUCUUCAAGAGGGUGAGUGUAUUAUUCAUAUUGAUUAUAGCGAAAAUUAUGCAGUUAAGUGUACUGAAGAAAUACAGUCCUACCAUUUCGGUGGUAGUCGUAUACAAUUAACUUUACAUACGUCGGUAAUAUAUUUUCUGAAUGAUGAGAAGAUAAAGCAAAUACAAUCUUUUUGUACGGUGAGUGAAUGCCUGCGCCAUGACAUUUCAGCCGUAUGGGCUCACAUCAUACCAAUUCUCGAAUAUAUAGGUGAACCAAAGACAGGCAUUCACACUAUACAUUUUAUUUCUGAUUCCCCAUCUAGUCAGUAUCGUAACAAAAAGAUAUUUUAUUUAAUUUCAUGCUUGCACAUAUACCUGAGCUCCAUCAAAACCAUUACGUGGAACUAUAGUGAAUCUGGUCAUGGAAAGGGAGCCCCAGACGGAGUAGGUGCUGUUAUGAAGAGAAUUGCGGAUCAAGCUGUCGCCCAAGGGCAAGACAAAGGGUCUAGAUGAUUUUUUAAAUAUUAUGGACCAAAACUUAAAUAAAGUGAAAGUGAGAACAGUUUCUGAAUAUGACAUAAAUGAAAAUGACAUGCUUUUCCCACCUAAUGUGAAAGGUUUUCCAGGAUGCAUGAAAAUGCAUCAAAUAGUAUGGAACUUGGAUUCUCCUAUGGUAGCCGUUCGUAAACUGAGUUGUACUGAUAAAAACUGUUUGUAUCAUGUUGUCAAUUGCAGCCAUACCUUGGUUUUUAUCACUUGGAAGACGGAUGUCAGAAAUCUUUAACGGUCACACCCCUAGCUGAUUCAAAAAGACAAUUGAGAGAAAUUGGUAAAUCCUUUUGGACAAUAAAUAAUGAAACAGAUCUAAACGAAGAGAAAAUUCGAAAAGCUAAACAAACCAAAGGUACACAUAAAGAAAAGGGCACAAGUUCGUCACCACAGAAAGAUAGAAUCAAAUAUUUUACACCAAAGACUAAUCAAAAAAAUACUUUAACAG